AUGGCAAAUGCGCAAUUCUCAUUUUUUACGUCACCAUUACUGCUCUACGUUCUCAGCACACUGAUAUUGUUAGCAACACCUCAGAGAUUGAUUCCGAAUACUACCACAGAUAAUGAAAGAACUGUGCUAAACGGACUUUUACGGAUCGGAUACAUCAAUGAAACAGUGUUACCAUGGAACAGUGGUCGACCACUUCUGAUUAGAUAUAUUUGGGGAAUUAAUACUAACAAUGGCAAUGAAAUUUUCGCCUUUGAAGUCUUGUAA